GGAUUCUUGAAAUGCGUGGUCUGUACUUCUGUUUAGUUUAGGUUGGGGCAACUUGCCUGUGGCAGGUGGGUACGACUGGAUCGUUGGUGUCGAGCCUAGUGAACUCAGUCAAAAUACGCGGGCGGCUUGUCACGAAUUGGAGAAAUCACGACUGCGAACGGAAUGAUCUCAGGAAUACCGCCGGUACUGGUAUUGGGAGGAUUCUGGGCUGUGGUGCUCGUCGCGCGGCUGCAGCUCCAGCCCCCGGUACUGCUGCUGCAGCUGCUGGCACAGCAGUCGCCCACGCAGUCGCAGCAAUCCCCGCAGCAUUUCAGCAUCAGACAACCAGGUGAAUUGCAGCAGCUACAGUCGAAGCAGUCGCAGUCACAGCAGUCGCAAUCGCAGUCGCAGCCAGCGUCACAUUCACCGUCGCACAUCUUCCGUCUUCUCAGCAGCAACGAGCUUACUAAUGCCUCGCUUGGCGGCUCUGUGGACUCGGAUGCGGAAGAAGCGUCGCCAACGUGUCCACCUCGCACGACGCUCGGCAUGAGUAACACGAUCGACCUGAGGCUUAUCGGGCGUUGGAACUUCCAGCGCCCGCGCGUGACAAAAACCCCGCUCGCUGCCAACACCUACGAGGUGACGAGACCGUCGGGCGUCAUCGGAAAACCGGUGGGUGUGACGACACCGCCUAACACGACCAAGUGUCGUCCAGAUCGGGGAGCGCCUCUGUCAACAACGUUAGACGCUUGUCAGGCUUGCGUGCGUGCGUCCAACUUGGCGUUGACGGGCGCGCCAAGUCGCGAGCGUCGUGCAGAGCACACGCCGCCGCCCAGGCACCGCUAUCGGCGCGAGUGCUACUCGCCCAGACGCGUGUACGUCCAGCCGGUCGUCGUGAAGGAGUACUACCCGCCUCCACCUCCGCAGCAGCAGCAGCAAGGAUACCCCUACGCAAGGCCUCUCAAGAUGUACGAGCCGACCUCGACCAUCAUGGUCACUCCAGGGGUUCCGCAGCACCUGCUGCUGCGCUUGCAACGGCGCUCGAACACGACCUAUCGCGCUACGCGUGUGCUCGACGCGUGUGCUCUGCACGACGCUCGCGACUUGGCGCGCCCGUCAACGCCAAGUUGGACGCACGCACGCAAGCCUGACAAGCGUCUAACGUUGUUGACAGAGGCGCUCCCCGAUCUGGACGACACUUGCGCCCCCACGAUCGAUCGCUGCACCUUCGGGACGCCGCGCGUAGCCAUCGCCGCCGCUUGCGCCCGCCCCGCUUCAAGGAGGCAAGGCGAGAUCGCAGCUCGAGACCCAGCUGCUUUCCGCGACGCCGCGGCACCGACAGACGUCCAGGAUCUCUUGGUCGCCGCCGCCGUUGGACGCACUCACGCCUCAUCGUCGGCGCGCGAUUGGCAAAGCGGCCGACCCACAGCGGUCAGCGCCGGUCAGAGCGGCGAGAUUGCUUAUGACAUGGGCACUCUGGUGUUCGCGGAGCAAGUGCCCACGUACGUGUACCAGAACGUCAACUUUCAGGCCACCGUCAAGCUCGUGGACGAGCACAAGGCCAAAGUCACGGGCGUCCGUAAGCCGCUGCAAGUGUCCCUCCGCUUCCAUGACACGUACGACCUCGUGGAGGACCAGGACGCGGUGCUGCGCCUGGCCUCGGAGGCGCGCAUCGACCCCAACACGGGCCUCGCGCUGCUGUCCAUGAGCCUGCACACGCUCACGGCCACGUGCGACGGCCGCAACUUCUGCCUCGAGGUGCGUAGCGCCGACGCCGACAUCGAGUCGGUCUUCUCGGCGCCCGUGAACGUGGUCAAGGAGAAGCUGCAGGUCGUGACGCAGCCGCCCGACGUCUGGUUCAAGGACGAGGGCGGCCGCGAGAAGUGCAUGACCGUCGCGCUCACGCUCGUGCCCGCGCCCGGCGCGUACCUCGAGGACCGCAUCGUGCCGCUGGACGUGCGGCUGCUCUACGAGUCGGGCAACACGGUGCUGAACCAGAGCAUUCUGCGGCUCUUCCCCGACAUGCGCCCCAACAUGACGCACGGCCGCGUCACCAUCUCGUUCCGCAUCGACGACGUGUCCAAGAACCACCAAGGCCAGUCGUUCAUGCUCGAGAUCGGCCCCGAGCAGCAGGACGGCAGCUCCAUGUUCCAGGACAUCGCCCCCACGCGCACGUCGGUCAUCGCCAUCCGCUCCAAGCGCAACAAGCGCAAACUCAACGCGCAGGCGGCGGCGGCAGCGGCGGCAGCGGUCUCAGGCGUCUACGGGAUGCGCGCGUCUCCGCGCAGCGUUGCGGGCACCCCGCGCACCCCGUACAUGAACAUGGGCGGCGCGGCGCAGAACUCGCCCCAGGGGAUGAACGGAGCCGGCAUGAUGAUUGAGCCGCACCCGCAGCGCGCGCGCAAGUACAUGGCCACGAGCAGUGGCAUGGGUUACGGCAUGAUGCAGCAGCAAGCUCAGCAGCCGCCGCAGCAGCCCAUGUCGUCCAUGUCCUGGAGCAGCCACUUGAUGCAGCCCAACACCAGUGCGGUGUCUCCUAUGCAGCCGCAGACGCCUCAGAACCAGCAGGCUUCUGUCCAGACCCCAGGCGCGGGAGCUGCCAACAGCCCUGGCGCAGUGGAGUGGGCACUCGGAGGCUUCGAGAUUCACCCGGACGGCUCCAUGAAUACGGCACGACCGAUCUACCGCUGCCCGCAGUGUCGUCGCCUGAAUGACGUGGACAUGCUGGCGGCGGGCCCUGCGCUCUCACACAGCCCACAGUGCGUGUUCGCUCCCAACGGUGGCAACGGCAACAUGAUGUACCGUUCUCAGAUGGAAGGAACGCCCAUGAACCAGCAGCAGCAGAUGCAGCAACAGCAGCAGCAACAGCAGCAGCAACAGCAGCAGCAACAGCAGCGUGGGUACGCAGCGUACCAGCAGAUGGCUGAGCAGCAGAGUGCGGCUAUGAGCAUGGGCAUGAGUGCGCAGCAGACUACCAGUACCAGCAGCUACGGCAGUAGCCCUGUGGUCGACUCGUCGUCGCUCAACGUACAGCAGAACACGGUCAACAUCACCUCCAAGCCGGAGGAUGCAUCACCCAAAACGAUGGCAGCGCUCGCGACGUCGUCUACGCUGCGGCCGUCCAUGACCAUCUCCCCGUACAUGAACAAGGUCACCACGGAAGGCAACGUCCCGGGCAACAGCGGGCAAGAGCAGGGAUCCAGCGGCAAUUUGUUCGAGAGCAACGCGUUCCACAACCAAAUGGAGAUGAUGGGCAACAACAGCACGGAGAAGUUGUUCAUGAACAAGAGCACUGCCGUUGAGGACGACCCGGCGCUCGACCCUCAGCAGCAGCCCCAGAACUACCAGGAGUCGGGCUCGUCCUUCAACGGCGUCAUCGGGACUUCUCUCUUCAAUGAGAUGACCAGCAUGGGCAUUAAUCUUGAUCAGUACGACAAGGGCGACUCCCAACUCCUGGGCGAGUUCAACGGCCUAGCGGCUGGAGCCGCUCAGGCCCCUAAUGACGAAGACCAAGUCUUCUACAUUCUGGCUCGGAUGUACACGGACGCAAGGGAGCAGAAGCUUGGAUUGCCGGCCUUCGACCAGUUCCAACGCAUGCUUGGAUUCUACAGCGAAGCCCAAGACGACGUCCAGACGCAGGUGGUGUUCCACCCGCUGCGGGACGUGUGCUUGUCCGACGAAGAGCGCCAGAAGAUCACGUCCCAGUUCGUGGACGAGCUGAGCCGCGACUCGCAGGCGGUGCAUUCGCUACCCAAGUACCAACACAACCUCAUUAUGCUGCGCGAGGACGCGCUCAUGUUCUACUGGAGCCAGUCGCUCGUAUGAGGCG